AACCAUAAUCCAUUACUCCCAAUCAUCAAAAAAAAAAAAAACUCCAUUACUCCCUAUCUCUAUAAAAGAAUCCGUGUUUCGUUCCAUCUCUGUGUCCCUCCCGUUUAGUAUUAUCUAUACGACUCCACGGCCAUUUGUCUGUUCUAUCAUGUCUUCCUCCUCCAAAUCGUCAGAACCCCAAGUUGAAAAAACCGAUCAAACCAAUUUGAAACUCCACUUCCUCUAUGACAUCAAGAAACGCAAGAUUGUUAUGGCGGAGGCAAGAGCCAACUUGGUCGAUAUCUUAUUUGACUUUUUGGGUUUUCCAAUUAGUUCUCUCUCUAAGUUAGAGGUAGGUGCAAUGCCUCAAAUUUGUAAAAGCUUAGCUAGUCUCGAAGGUGAUAUAAUUCAACCUGGAUUCAAUAACAGUGAGUUUUUUGAAUUGAAACCAACACGUGAGGGAUGGCACAACAGAGUCCUCACUUUGUUGAACGGGAUUCCUGCUGGAGAUGAUUUCAAGGACAUCCCAUUGUUUCUAUGUCGGAACUGUACUUUUGAGAUUCGGCUUAUUCCUUACUACGUCACAACGGAUCCGGCAACGCUUUGCGGGAAUUGCAGAAACCCUAUGGACAAGGAGGUUCCCUAUGAUCAUGCUAAUAGGGAUGAUGGAGGGAUUGUUGCAAGAGGUCGCUUAAGAUUCCACAUUUUUGAUGACAUGAAGAUGAUGCCCGCGGGUGAUUAUCUUGAUACCUUCGACUUGGUUAAGGGUAUGGGAUUUAACUGGGGUGACCUGAAGAAAAAGGAAUUGACCCUCACCUCGGAAAUGACUCGUUCACUGCUCAAAUCUUGUGUGGAGAAAAAGACCGUCCUGACCGAGUUAUUUCUGGAAGAGCUGAUGAAGGAUGAAUCUGCAUGAUUAAGAACUACAGAAAUCUGGAAACCGAGAAACAUGCUACGGUGUUCAUAUUCACUUAUAUACAUGGACGUGGCUAAUCAUCCGUUUCUUAACAUCUUGUCAAUUAGGCCAUGAAGAUAAUGAAGAUAAUCAAAAGUUACCUGACGUUGGACGCGGUUGCUUUGUUUCUCAAGCUGUUUGGACUUGUUGUUUGGUAAAGUAUUUGGCUUUGUAAUGUUAAACAUUAACUAUUAUUUUUUAGUGUGUUUAUUUUAU